CGCCACUCCAUCUUUGGCCAUGGUCCCCUUUCCAUCAGCUAAGAAGCAUCGCGGCCCUGUGCUCGCAAAGCCCGUGGACGACGAUGACAUCUACGGCACUUUCGACGGUCGUCGCCAGUCGUCAGUGUCCAACGAUCGCUCCGGCUCCAGAACGGGAGUAUUGCUACGCGUUGUGGCCAUCACUGGCCUGGUCCUGCUGGCUGCAGGAUACGUAGCCAAGUCGAACCCAAGCUCGGUCGUCACUAAAGUUAAAAUUCAAGAGCAGGAAGCGUCGAUCGCGAACGCAACCGAAAUCUCGGUCCCUGAUUUUCAUCAACAGUUUGUCGACAACGUGAAUGCUCGUAAUAUUCGCGAGUACCUGCACACAUACUCAAGCGUCCCACACAGCUGUGGUACUGAGCAGGACUACAAGACCGCAUUAUUCACUGCCAAGAUGCUGGAAUCAUUCGGUAUCAAAGCCGAAAUCAAAGAAUACUAUACGCUCUUAUCGACUCCAGUACGUCGACACUUGGAGAUUGUGCAGCCUGCUGAAGCCGCGCGUGAGCUGAACCUGACUGAAGUUUCGAUUCACGGCGACACAUGCACCAACGACGAUAGUGCGUUGCCACCUUUUGUGGCAUACGCUGCAACUGGCAACGUCACAUCUUCGAUCGUGUUUGUGAACUUCGGGAAGCCAGCAGACUUCGAGUGGCUUAAAGCCAAUAACGUCUCGCUUGAAGGGAAGAUCGCCCUGGCCCGAUACGGUGGCAACUUCCGCGGUCUGAAGGCUAUGGCAGCCGAACAACACGGUAUGGUUGGCGUGUUGAUCUAUUCGGACCCUAAGGAGGACGGGUUUGUACAGGGCCUUGUGUAUCCGAAUGGUCCGUGGCGUCCUGAGGGUUCAUUUCAACGAGGUUCACUCACAUACCUAUCGAUGGCUGCUGGUGACCCGACAACACCCGGUUGGGCCUCUACCGAAGGUAGCUUCCACAUCCAAUACGAAAAGGUAGAUACUAUUCCGCACAUUCCAGCGUUGCCAUUGUCGUACGGUCAAGCGCAAUAUAUUCUACAGUCUCUAGGAGGCAAGGAAGCGCCUGAAACAUGGCAAGGAGGUCUCUCGCUGCCUAGUGGCUAUCGUAUCGGUGACGACGAGGCAACUGUCGUCAACUUGGACAUUGAAAUUGACAACAAGAUCGGACCUAUCUGGGAUGUUAUUGGAACGAUUGAGGGCUCCGAAGAACCAGACAAACUCGUUCUCCUGGGUAACCAUCGCGAUGCGUGGGUCUGCGGUGCAAUUGACCCCAACAGCGGCUCUUCUACUCUUCUAGAAAUUGCUCGUGGCUAUGGUGAGCUCCUAAAACAAGGUUGGAAGCCCCGACGUACGCUGAUUAUCGGGUCAUGGGACGGUGAAGAGUAUGGACUCUUGGGCAGUACAGAAUAUGCUGAGGACAAUGCUGAGCGCUUUAGGAACCAAGCUGUUGCGUACCUCAACGUGGACUCCAUUAUGGGUCCGUUAGUCAGUGCCAGUGCCAGCCCAGCCAUUGCUGAGUUUCUCUAUCAAACAGCGAAGAACGUACCAGCCAACAAGUUUCUCGGAAACGAAACCGAGAAAACGCUGUACGAGCAAUGGGUCAAGCAAGCAGCAGCUCACCGUGAGCAUCUUAACGGAGCUAGCGACGGAACACUUGGCCCUGCUCACUUGAUCAACUUCAUGGGUUCUGGCUCAGACUACACAGCGUUCUAUCAGCAUCUCGGUAUCAUUUCAGCAAACCUGGGCUUCUCAUUGGCACGUGCUCCGUACGGAGUUUACCACAGCUCCAUGGAUAGCAUCAGAUAUUCGGAGUUGUAUGCUGACCCCAACUACGCUACUCACAUCACGACUGCACAGUGGUGGGGGCUACUGGGCUUACGUCUUGCUGACGAUCAGAUUUUACCCUUCGACUUCACUACGUAUGGGUUUGUGAUGACUGAGGAUUUGGCUGGCCUUGAACAACAAGUUGCUGGACUAGGAGUGGACUUCAGUGACUUGCACAAGGCUAUCGCGCGGUUCACAAGUAGCGCUACCACUUUCCACGCUGGGCUCGCUGCAUUCGUGUCGAACGAGACCCUCGCUGCUAGUUCCGAUGCUCUCCGCUUGUGGAAUGACAAGCUGGUGUUGUUGGAACGCCAUUUGAUUACUAACGAGGGUUUACCUCAUCGUCCAUGGUACAAGCACGUCAUUUUUGGUCCUGGGUUCUAUGAGGGCUAUGCUGGAGCAGCGUUCCCGGGCAUUUCGGACGCCAUCGCGUUCAAUGAUGAUGCUGAUACCAUUCAAAAACACGUCGACGAGGUGGCUCGCAUUGUAGACGAUGCCGCCACCUACUUGCUGUAG